AUACUAAAAAUGGGCAGGGCUUACAUCGUAAGGGAGCUAUGAUCACAAUUCGACUUUUAGAAUUGACACUGUAAACAUUUUAACAUAGUGAUUGGGGCCCUAAAGAGAGUGGAUGGAAAGCGUGGUGGAAAGGAAGCUAGGGCUCUUAGCAUCUCGUGAUCCGGCCACCAGGGCAUAUACACUAAGACAUUCUCUCCCGCUAGCGCACAGUCUGGAAGCCAGUGUCGUUCCAAGUGGAGCACAGGAGGCUCACACUCCGGCGGUGCCCGGGGCCUCACAAGCGUUCCAGGGUGGAAGGUUGCGUGUUUGAGUGUCCAUAGCAACGCGACGCUUCAGCCUUCUGGAAACCUUGGCUCCAGCUCGCGCUGUAUGAGACCCGUCCGGGUGGGAGGGACCUGGGCUGGUGGGAGAAUUGAUGGGGGUACAGGGGAGUGGGGAGCUGGGGAAACUACUGGGAACAUUUGCUGCAAGGAUUGAGUUAAACUAAGAAAAAUCGGUCCAAGGCUCAGCGCAAAAGGAUCUUUUCAUUCCAGUCCUUUCGCCCACGUAGGGAACUAUGCCUUUGGAGGUGGUGGUGGAACUGCAGAUCCGGGCGAUUUCUUGCCCAGGGGUGUGUCUGCCUGGCAAGCAAGAUGUGUUCCUUGGGGUUUACCUCCUGAAUCAGUACCUGGAGACACACUGCUUUCCUUCCGUGUUCCCUAUUAUGAUUCAGCGGAGCAUGAGGUUUGAAAAGGUAUUUGAAAAUGCAAUAGAUCCUGGAGCUGUAGCAGACAUUUUAGAAACGUGGGAAGAGUUGGCCUACUAUGAAGAAAACACACGGGACUUUCUCUUCCCUGAACCCAGGCUGACACCUUCACACCCUGGGAUGUGUAGGGAGGUGCUCAUGAAGACAGCUGAAGGUUUUCCGGGCAUUGCUCCCAAAAUAGAGUUUUCUACGAGGACAGCCAUCAGAGAACGUGUGUUUCUGCAUAGAAACAGAUUUCUUGAAGAAAGAUGUAAGUCACAAAGGCCUUUAUCCACAUCAAAUGGACCAAAAUUCCCCUUAAGUAGUAUAAUGAUGAAACCAAGGGAGAGUAAUCUCGACAGACUGCCCCAAGGCAUGCAGUCCAGGCCGCCCUCUCCAUAUUUCACCAGGCGUUUCUUUCAGGACCAGCCAGCUCAACUGAAUCUUGGAGAUAGUUUCAAAUUACCUGGAGAAAGCAAACCUCCAUUUGUAGUAAGACACGUGGAUAGUGCAAAGCCCUUUGGUGAGAACAGUUCAGAGCAUCAUUCCCAGAAGUCUAGAACAAAAUUUGACUUUUCAAAUUUUCCAUUUCCAGAGAGAAGAGCUUCUUCUCUUGACAGACUUGCAACUAAAGUAAAGGUUAUCAAAGAGCCAGAUGAACGGAUUGUUUUAAGGAAUGAAUCACCAUUAUCGUUAGAUUCAAGUAAGUUUGGAAAGCCCUCGGCCAGUUACAGUAACCAAGGGCAUGCCGAUUUCUACCGGGAAACUUCAUUUGCCACCUCCCAGCACUCCAGAUCUCCCAGCCCUCUUCUGGAUCAGCCCCUUCUCCGAGAAAGGUUCCACCCUGGGUCCCAGUCUAUGUGGAAGAAGAUCCACGAAAGGGUCUGCAGUUGUCUGACAUCCCACAGAUCUCAGCAACACCUAAACAAGAAAGACUCCAUCUCUGAAGUAAAGAAUAUCCUUGAAAGACCGAGCUACCCUCUGAAGAAAUAUCCGGUGCAUGAACAGAGAUAUUUUUAAACUGCUGUCCUAUGGGAGACUGAAUGAAAGCUGGAGGAGCAUCAUGAAGAGCUCACUCAUCAAGCCAAUUGAACAACAGUUUUUGUUCUGUGUAUCAAAUCACCAGUGUCUAACCCCCUUUAAAUCAAACCUGUACCUACACAGUCUUUUGUACCCAGGUAAGAGUCAUUGAUUAAAGUGUUUCCUGUUUUGGGCUCAAGUUUUCUUGUCAAGGUGGAAAAUUUGUGUUUUAGUUUGUUUGUAUGCUUGUUUUGAGCUUGAAAACGAAAAUAAUAAUUGGGUGGCAGGUGCUUUUUUGUUUGGAAAGCACUUCUUAAAAUUCUGAUGAAAAUGUCAAGAUGCCUUUUCAGGUGUUCCUGAUUUUUGGCAGUGGAUGUGUUCUUGAAAAGUUCUUUUCUUUCCCUCCUUCCUCAUUUUUUCCUCCUUUCCGCUUGUCCUCACCCCUCCCCCAUCUCUACCUAUUUCCGUUCCCUUCCCUUCCUGUCCCUUCCCUUUCCUCUUACAUUUUCCAUGAGCUCGAGGAAGCUGCUAUCUAGAGGAAUAAACUGAUAUGUCCUCUAGAAAAAGACUGUCACCCUGAUUUUACAUUUUUGGUAAAUCUGUUUUUUUGUGGUUGUUUGCUUGCUUUUUAGUGUUAGGCUUGAUUUACAUGAUAUCAACUGAAAACCUAAGAAGAGGGAGCAUUACUUCUGGAGAAUUCAGGUCUUGCUUUAAAGGUUUAAUUUCUAUGAUACAUUUGUAAGAGGAG